AUGUCUGGUACACGCCUCGCGCUCUACUGGACAGGCUCGCCGCUCUUCGCGCUGCUGGCGGUGGCGCCUCCUGGCUCACUGCUGCUCUCCCUGGAUCUCCUUCCAUUCUGCUCGCCCGCCUUCUUCCUCGCGAUCGGUGGUUGGGCAACCGCCGCGAUUCUCUGCCUGGCAAGCACACUCGGCUUGUGCAUGGCGACUUCUUCGCGGCGUGUGCCUUCGCGGCGCGUGGCUCGCUUAGGACUUCGCCUCGGGGCCUCCCAGCAGAACUCUUCGUCCUCCGACGAGCAGCUGCUAGGGGGUCGGCUUGUGGCCGGGUCCUCUCAAGUGGUGCGGCCGACCGAGCUCAGCUGGCUGCUCGACACGUCGGCGGAGGGCGAGAGGCUGCUCUGCGUCGAGCUGCCGGUUCGUGCGCCGCCGCCGGAGCAGGAAUGGGGCCCGAGUGGAAGACUGCGGCGGCGCGGGCGGAGGCCUCCGUCCCGGCCGCCACCGACGGCCAUCUUUCGAUCGCUCCGCGUGGCUGGCGAGGACGUUGGCGAGCCGCUCCUAGUCGUGGGCAACCAGAGCAGCAUCUCGAGCCAGUCGCUCGCACUCAAGCGCCUCGAAAGAGUCGACGCAGCAGGCCCGGGCUCUUCUCUUUUUGUGCGAAUUUGGUUCUUCUUUCUUAGGCGCCUCAAGCUUGUCAGCCUGGCGCGGCUGGAGGAGGCGUUCGCGGCAAGGCCCGCCGGCCUCGUCCUCUCGCAGCUCUUCUCGACGGACGAGUUCCUCUUCGAGGCGGACAGCGAGACGGCCGACUUUGCGCUGGCGCGGGCCGACGACGGCACGACGAUCGACGAGCGCAUCCUCAGGGCUGUACUGCUCAAGGCGAGGGAGGCGGGUGUGGCGGCGCUCUGGAUGGACGCGUGGUGCUUCCGCUUCGCCGGCGAGUACGUCCACGAGGACUUUUGCGCGCUCCUCUCGCACGUCGUGCGGGCGGUCCGCGCCGUGAUUUGGGUCCCCCUUAGCCGGGUGAACACGGCGCCUUCGUUUCAGUUCCGAAUGUGGUGCACCUUCGAGGCGGCCGUCGUGGAGCACCGUCAGCUACCCGUCUUCAUUGCGGGCGAGCUGACGGCCUCGCAGCGGCGCCUGGCCCGCCUCGGCCCUCGCACCUUUGCGCUCCCCUGCCUCGAGCCGCGCGCGACGCUCGCGGAGCUGCGCAUCCUCUCGACCUUCAACGUGUGCUUCCUCUUCAUGGCGAUCGCGUGUCCGCUCGCCCUGCUGCCGCUCUUCUUCAUGUCCCGCUCGGCUGCGCUGGCCGAGCUGGUGCCCGCCCUCGGUCGCCAGUUCGCCCUAGCGCGCAACGGGCAGCGGGCGCUCGGCAGCACAGACGCUGAGGCGACGCGGCGCGCGGGCAACGUGCUCGAGCUGCUGCGAGAUCUGCCGUGGAUCCCCGCCUACGACCGCCGCGACGCUCUCGUCAUCGCCGAGGUGCUCAUGGUCCUGUACGAGGUGCCGCCGCGCAAGCUCGCGGCGGCACAGAAGAUACAGGCCUUCUGGCGCGGCUACCGUGAGAGGGCGGCGCGAACGGCGCGGCUGCAGAGUGAGGACAGCCUGCAGGGUAAGGACAGCAUGCACAGGAGUCGGGUCAGCCAGGCGGGAGGCCGCUCGCUGGAGAGGGUCGGGAGCGGGGCCAGUGAGCGCAGCCUGCAGAGCAGUCUGGCCAGCCAGAGCCACAGCAGGGGACAGAGCCGCAGCCAGCGCAGACAGCGUGCGGCUUGGUCGCCGCUCUGGCCUGAGUCCCUCGCGUGGGACCGCGUCUCGUCCGACGAGUUUCUGCGCGCGCUGGCGCUCUCCCUCUUCGUCUCUGCGCGGCAGGCGCGCUCGGACGGCGAUUGGCCCUUUUCCAAGGGCGGAGAGGGGGUGCUGCUCGAGGAGUGGCUCAAUCAGACCGGACACCGUAUGCCGCCGCCCGCCACUGCCAGCUGCGCCGCCUCCGUGUCCCUGGCGGAGCUCGAUCGCUUCGGCUGGCGGGUGCGCUCUGGCGACUCGCACCUACUGAGCACCCCGCUGGGCAAGCUGCAGGUUCCAGCGAGCCGCGCGUCGGCGAGCGUCAGCUUCGCCGACGCGUCGCCGGUGCCCGAGCUCAGCGCGCUCGCCCAGACGGCGCCGCUCCUCUUCUUCGCCGCGGUCUUCUCCCUCUACUUUGUCGACCUCUCCACAGAGCUCAUCAUCAACGCCGUCGGGUCGCGGGCGCAUGGCUGGAGCCGCGCGCUCCUCGCAGCUCUGGACGGCCUCCUCGUCGUCGUGGCCGCCUGCACCAUCUGGCUGCCGGCCGCGCUCUGCACGUGGCGACUACGCGCCGUGCCACAUGAGUCGCUCGCUGCGGUCUUCUCCCCUCGCCAGCGCGAGUCCGCCAUCGCCCUUCUCAUCCCGGCCGUUCUCAUCCCGGCCGUCCCGUCCAGCUUCGUGGCCAUCCUCCUCGUCGUGAUUGCUUGGGCGGAACGGCAGCCGCUCUCCUCGGAUCACCUCACGGUAGACACGUGCCUCCCCGGCGGACUCCGGCCCGCGCUCCUCGGCGGCGUCCUCGCGCUGCUCGUCGCGAUAAACGCCGUGGCGGCGGUCUCUGCCUUCUCGCUCGCCUACCACCGCUGGGCACGCCACCUCCGUGAAGGCCGCCCCGAUGCGCCAGAGUUGGCGUUCCUGACAUUCCCACGCACUGGCCGGGGUGGUUCUGUGAGUGCUGUGUGACAUAUAGCCAUAUACACAGUUCAGAGCGGGGCGCCACCAUGAUCAUUGUGUAUAGAGUAGAGUGAUACAGGGGUACACGACACGAGACCGGGAGACGGCGUUCCUAACCUGUUCCUAACGUGCCUCUCAGAUUGGACAGACCCAGUGAGAUCGAGAUCGGGCACAGCUUAUUGUCUAAUAGUCAGUUUAGUC